AUUUCCCUUCAGUCUUAGCGUCUUGUUUUCAAGAUGGCUGCGCCCAGUGAUAAAGGUUCUUCCCCGGUAGCUUCGGAGUCACCUUUUGCAGGUUUCCCGUUCGCGAUCCCGGGCGCCGCUACCGGGGAACCGGCAGAUAAACAGUCUGAAAAAACCGGCGAGCAGAAAAAGAAGCCGUGCCGGGCGUGCAUGGAUUUCAAAUCCUGGAUCAAACAGCAGAGGAAACAGACACCCACACAGGAGUGCCGGCUCGACGAGGACAAGGAGAGGCCCGUGGAAUGCCCGUUAGACCGGGAAGAGCUGGGCAGGAGCACCUGGUCUUUCCUGCACACGAUGGCAGCCUAUUACCCCGACACGCCCACUGGCGCACAGCAGCAGGACAUGAAGCAGUUCGUUAACUUGUUUUCAAAGUUCUUUCCUUGCGACGAGUGUGCUGAAGACUUGCGAGCAAGGUUAAAAUCAAAUCAACCAGACACCACCAGCCGAAACAGUUUCUCCCAGUGGAUGUGCCGUCUUCAUAAUGAUGUCAACGUGCGCAUCGGCAAACCAGAGUUCGACUGUGCCAAGGUGGAUGAGCGGUGGAGGGACGGCUGGAAGGACGGGUCUUGCGAUUAACACGCAGGGAAUUGGCAGCACUGAACCCCAGACCUUUAUUUAAGACACUAAAAAUGACAAUGGUGUGCAUUUUUAAAAUAGAAGUCAUAGACCGUAUUUGUCUGAUCAAACUUUCCUGGAGUUUUGUGAUGUGUUUUAUUUUCAUAAUAUCUGGAGGGGUUGUCACUCGUGAAACGUGAGGCAAGUCUGUCAGCUGUUGAAUUGGAUCCCAUAUUGUGUUGUAAAAUAUAACCAUUUAAAAAAACUAAAUAAAAAUAAAAAGUGUGUUGUAAUGACUUUAUUAA